GUAGACCAUCAGAAGCCUUACACACUCUCUGAUAAUACUUUAUACAGUUUGGUUCUUACAAAACUAAACUGUAAAAGUUGUCUGAUAAGUUAAAAAAAUGGGUUCCGGCGGCCGUGCUACCGAGAGAAACAACUCCGGCACCGAAGUUGUUAAGCGAGCCCCAUCCUCCAAACCACCAUUCACUCUUGGUGACAUCAAAAAAGUCAUACCUCCACACUGUUUUAACCGAUCCCUGAUCAAAUCUUCAUACUACCUUUUCGUUGACCUCUUUUUCUCCUUCUUGUUUUACUAUGUUGCAGCCACAUACAUCAUCCCCCUUUCGGCCCCUUAUUCCUAUUUAGCAUGGCCAGUUUACUGGAUCCUGCAAGGUAGUGUUCAAAUGGGUUUGUGGGUUAUUGGUCAUGAGUGUGGUCAUCAAGCUUUUAGUGACUACCCAUGGUUAAACGACACCAUCGGCUACUUUCUUCACACGGGUAUGCUUGCUCCUUAUUUCUCUUGGAAGUACAGUCAUCGUCGUCACCAUUCCAACACUGCUUCACUUGAGAAUGAUGAAUCUUUUGUCCCCAAAAAGAAGUCUAGCCUUAACUCCUUUGCUAGAGUUCUCAACACCCCACCUGGCCGUCUCUUCAGGCUUGUGGUCUUGUGCUCCAUCGGCUGGCUCUUGUACGUUUGUUUCAAUGUUUCCGGUCGAAAGUAUGAGAAAUUCGCUAACCAUUUUGAUCCAAAAAGUCCCAUUUACAGCGACCGCGAGCGGUUCCAAAUUCUCCUAACCGAUGUGGGACUUCUUGUUGCAAGCUAUGGGGUGUACAAAGUGGGUAUGUCACAAGGACUCACUUGGCUAGUGUUGGUCUACUUUGCUCCUUUGGUUAUUGUUUAUGGGUUCCUUGUGGUCAUCACUUGGUUGCACCACACACACCGUUCGCUGCCACACUACGACUCAACCGAAUGGAACUGGCUUAGGGGAGCUUUGUCAACCAUUGAUAGAGAUUACGGUAUUUUGAACACGGUUCUACACCACAUCACUGAUACUCAUGUGGCUCAUCAUUUGUUCUUCACCAUUCCUCAUUAUAAUGCUAUGGAGGCAACAAAAGCAAUCAAACCAUUUUUGGGAGAAUAUUAUCAGUUUGAUGAUACUCCAAUAGUCAAAGCGAUGUGGAGAGAGGCUACUGAGUGUUUCUUUGUUGAGGCUGAUGAAGGUGAUAGCGACAGCAAAGGUGUAUACUGGUUCAACAAUAAGAUCUGAGAUUAAUAUUGCAACGUGUUUGUGUAUUGUUUCAGUUCUGGUAUAUGUAUCAUGUUUUUAAGUGUAUUAAUUAUUCCAAUAAUAUUGGUGUAACUCUGAUGUACGAUUUACCAACAAGAAAUCAUUGGCGAUGAACUGUUUGUUUGGAAUUUAAGCGACGAUUUACCAAAAAUUA